GCGGGCGACGGGCUGAUGGCGGAGCCGGGCCCCGAGGAGGAGGAGCUGGCGCACGCCGAGGUGCUCGAGCUGUUCCAGGAGGGGCUGGCCCGCCUCGUGCAGGACCCGCUGCUGUGCGACCUCCCCGUGCAGGUCACCGUGGAGGAGAUCAAUUCUCAGAUUGCGCUGGAGUAUGGCCAAGCCAUGACUGUGCGGGUGUGCAAGGCGGAUGAAGAAGUGAUGCCUGUAGUAGUGGUACAGAAUGCCAGUGUCCUGGACCUGAAGAAAGCCAUCCAGCGAUACGUGCAGCUGAAGCAGGAGCGGGAAGGGGGCAUACAGCACAUCAGCUGGACCUAUGUAUGGAGAACAUAUCACUUAACCUUUGCUGGAGAGAAAAUGACAGAUGACAAAAAGAAGCUGCGAGAGUACGGCAUCAGAAAUCGGGAUGAGGUCUGCUUUAUAAAGAAGCUUCGAAAGUGACCUGUAAGCUCCAGGUGCAGCAUUCCCUCUGCUGGAAAAGGACUUAGUCCAGGCCAUUACUGCAGCAGGACUAGCCUGCAGAUUCAGCAUCUUUCCAGAAGAGAAAGUUGUGGCAUUUCAAAGCAGAGCAGAUGCAGGAGGUGAUGAAAAUUCUUGUAUAGGUUAGUGUUUGAAUGUGGUGGUUGCUUUUGCUGUGCCCUAGCUAUGAAGGGCAAAUGGUGCACACUGAUGCUUUUCGGAGCCCUCUGAAGUUCUGUCUGUCAGAACUUGAUGCCACCAUUGGUACAACCAGAAAUAAAGGACUCAGACUAAUAAUUUA